AUGGCAUCGGGGAAGGCGGGGACGUGGCGGUUUCUGCCACUGCCGGUAUCAUCCAGUAUUCCUGUGCUUUUGGUAUACUUUGAGACAGGCGCGUCUUCUUAUGUGAUCCGUGUUAGUGACAUGGCAAAUAUAUGGAUGGAAAGCUUGGAUAGGAAAGCCAUUUGCAUGCGAGGUUGGAGCGAGAACACGAGCAUCGACCCCAGCGACACCGCUGAGAACAUGACUACAUUCCUAUCCUGUCUGAGCAAGGCACUAGAUUCAACCCGGCCUGGACAUGACGAAACGAGCCUUACAUUGGCUCCAGGAGACUCCUCUAGCGCCGCAGACGAUGGUAUUACGUUGGAGAUAACUUGUCCGCUCCCGGCAUUCCAACCAUUGAGGUGGCCGAUACAUCUUAAGAAACAGCCGCCUUCUGCAGUCGCAACUGAUUUGGUCUUGCCGUUGAUACAAGCCCAAUUUGAUAGGAAAACUGAGAUGCAAUCAUUGAUGCAGAAGAUUGCAGAUAAGGACGCCGUGAUAACCAAGUUGUCGGACAAGCUGGAGACAAUGGGAACUGGGCUGGAACAUGUGUUUACUGCGCUGUCUGGCCGAAAAAGGAUCACACGGUCAGCUGCUGAGGAUCGUGUGAAAGGACUGGCGCCGUUCAAUGAGCGGCGGUGGACGACGGAGCUUGGCUCAGAUGAUGUCGGCCCAAGCUCUGUGAAUGACCUUGUACAACACGUGUUUGGUGAUACUGGGUUAGAGUUUCGGUCUGCACUGGAGGUGGACAAGUCUCCUGAACUAGACAAAUGGUGGCAUGAUUUCCCACCGACAAGCCGGAGCUUUCAACGAAGGGAACCCAAAGGUUCGGCUUCGAGGAGGGACAUGGUCACACCUCCUCCUCCACCACAACCAUGUCAUUGCGAUGACGACGAUGAAUUCCAGGUUCAGUCUACUCCUCCACACUUGCGGUCAGCGAAAAAGAAUGCUGCUGCUAGUGAUGUGCCACCAACAGAUGACGCCUCCACGGAUGGGGAAGACGAUUCCGCUCUAGAUGGCGAUCCACCAUCUACUCUGUCUGACCGUACACGACAACCUGAAACUUCCAAGCCUGGAAGCGCCUGGUUAGGAACCAUCGGAGGCACGAAGCAGCCGGCACCACCUCGGCCCCCGUCACCGCCGCCAAGAAGCAACACAGCAAAGCCGGCAGCGGAUGAUGAAGAGACGGCAUCCGAGGCGUCAGAUGAUGAUACCACGGCUUCAGCAUUCGUCUCGUUGCCCAUUCCAUCACCCGAAAGACGUUCCGGAAAGACUGUGGGCCUUGGCAUAAUUGGCGGACGACGGUCAAACUCACAAUCUCCGCACAGGGCGAAGGCGCCAGAAGCAAGUCCACCUCCCGUAGCCAGGGACACAGGUUCCCGGAACCUUGGCACGAUUGGUGGCAAGGCAUCCAAGAUGGCAAAGCAGGAAGAUGGGGUUCCGGAACGUGGUCGCCCAGCAACUCGCAGAACAAACUCCCCAAAUGAUGAGCAACCACGAGAAACGUCACGGGAAAGAGCAGAUCGUAAAAGAGAAGAACUAAAACGCGAACUGGAGAGAAAGGCUGCGGCAGGUCCAGCCAAGAAAAAGAGACGGUUCUAG